AUGAUGCUGUCAAGAGAAAAACCGCAACAACCCUUCUUCAAACCGAUAACAAAUACAGACUGUGUCAAUAACCGCAAUAACUUGUUUGAGCCAUCAAGCCAUAUGAGGCAAAAAACAUUCCAAAAUGUAUCAACUUUUCAAGUCUCCAAUGCUAAAGAAAAUGAGGCUGUUAAGCAAGACACAAAUACUCUACAUGCAUUGCACCAGGAAGCUGACAAAAUAAUGAAAUGGAAAGUUCAAACAGAAAUUGAAAUAAAACAGAAGGAAAAAAAUAUACAUGAAGCAACAUGUACAAUUGACAUGCUGCGGAAAUCCAGCCUUGAUCUGCAGCUGCAGAAUGAAAAUCUUAGCUUGAAGCUUCAAGAAGAAAUUGAAAAUAGAGAGGAACUUCUACAGAGAAUAACUUCAACAAGAGAUAUAUGCAAUUUGCUCAAAGAUCACAGUGUCAAGACUGAAGACAGAUUGCUGACAUGUGAAACUGAAAAAACUGAAUUGAAAUAUAAGGAAAAGGAAAAUUUGAAACAAUUUGAGGAAUUAUCAAAAUCAUUCAGAGAGCUUCAGCUGAAUGCAGAGGAAGAUCACAACAAAUUAACAAACCAGUUGACAGUAGAACGUGAGCAUAAACAAGCACAAGAAACAGAGUGGAAAGAAAAGAUCACCACAGCAGAAUGUCAGUUAAAAGAGCUCUUGAGUAGCUGUGAUGAUAAGGAUAUUGAGAUCAGAGACAUCCGAUCUCAGCUUUGUAAAAGUGAAGAUAAGCUGUAUGAUAUGAAAACUGUGUGUGAUGAUCUUGAACAAAAGCUGCGGACGUCAGAGGUGUCAGUUAGUGAGCAUCGAAAUAAACUUGAGGAAGCAACAUCUGAGCUGACAAAGACGAAGGAGCAUUGUUCACAACUUGGUAACAGAAUCGCUGAACUGAAUGAGACUUGUAGGAUCCAUUUACCAGAAGAACUCCAGGAAGAACAUAACAUGGACUGUCUUGAUAUUGAUCUUCUGGCAUCAUACAUCAGAAAGACACUAGAGAUGUUAUCACAAAAGAUAGACAGAAUUCAAAUUUUCAAAGAAGAUCUUGCAAGAAUGGAAAGUUCUGUUGAAGAAUUGAAAAGUUCCAAAGAUAUGUUAAUAAUGGAAAAGAGUGAAUUUGAAGUUAAGAUUGCUGCACUUGACGACGAAAAGAUGAACUUGAUGGCAAAGAUAGAGACAGAAGAAAAUAAGACAAAAGAAUUGGAAGUUACAGUAUCCAGACUGACCAUGGAUUUAGUGGGCAGUAAAGAUAAAGUUAUGACCCAAGAGAUGACCAUCAACAAGCUGAACUGUGAAAUAAACAACCUCACUACAGAAAAAAAUGCUACAGAAGAAAGUUUGAUGUCAGCACAGCUAGAGCUUAAAAACUGCAUGAAAAGAUUUGAAGAGUCACAAAAGCUGCUGCAAGCUAAAUGUGAAGCUAAACAAUCUUUAUCCAAAGAUUUGCAGGCAUUGACAGAUUUACUGGCAGAAGAAAGAACAAAUCAUGAGGAAACAUCUACAAAACUGAGUAGGAUGCAAGAUCAGAUGGUAGACACUAAGAAGGAAUUAGCAUUAAUCAAAGCUGAUGCUCAAAGUUUGCAAUCAGAAAUCCAGCAACUUAACAAGAAUGAAGAAAAGCUGCAAGAUUCAUUAGAGUCUGCCAAUCAUACCAAAGAUAGACUUGAGGAAAAGAUAGCUGAUUUAACUGAAGAAAUGGAAAAUAAAAUCAAGGAGAAUGACAGAUUACGAGGAGAAAGGGAUGAGCAGGAUAAAAGUAUGCAUGGAGAAAUGGAAUCAAGAGAAAAGGAGGCAUCUGCAUUUGGGGAAAAAAUCAAAACACUGAAGGAAACAGUGUCUUCUAAAACAAAACAAAUAAAAGAAGUGGAAAAGGAGAUGAAGAAUCUGAAAAGUAAGUUAACAUCACAGAGUAAGCUUACAGAUAACAAGGAAAAGGAGAUUCUAAAACUGAAGUCAGCUCUCGAGGAAGCAGACAAAGAGAAGUCUGAAUUUCAACAACAAAUAGAUUGCCUGAAGUUGGAAGCAUGUACCGAGAAACAGAAUGUUGCAGCAGCUAAAACGCAGGCGAAAGAUAUGGAGAUGUUCAGUGAGAAUAUGCAAAAGGAAAAGGAGAAAAUUGUUAAAAAAUGUGAGGCAGAGAUAACCAAUAUGACCAGCACUUUGGAGAAAUAUCAACAGGAAAAUCAUAAACUUGUGGCACAGAAAGACAAAGAAAUAAAAACACUUAAAGCAAAGGUUCAAAGUGUAGAGCAGGAUGGAAAUAAUUCCCGCGCAGAGGUUGAGCAAAAAUUGCAAGAGUUGCAAGAUGAAAUUGAACAACAAAAACAAUUAGUGGACAUUUCUGAGGAAGAAAAGAAAUCACUUGAAGAAAGAUGUAAGGAUUAUUUCGAAAAGCUGACAGAUCUUGAAGAAACCAUAUUAACAAAGGACGAGAAGAUUUCAGAGCUGGCAGAUGUAAUCACUAGUCAAAAAAAAAAUCUAACAACCUCAGCAACGCAAACUGAUGCAGUAGAAGAAAAGACAACACCAAAUCCUAAGUCAAAAAAGGAACAAACCCCUCAAGUCCCACAGACUCCACAACAUUGCAGACAUGAAAUUGUAAACAGUAAUAGAUCAAGCACUCCUCAACAAGCUUACACUGCUACCACACCUAAAACUACUACUCCUCGACUAAUGGAAACAGCAUAUACUCCUGUUUCUGUCCACAGAACCCCAAAACUUACCUCCAGAACCCCUCAAGGGACAAGUAACAUGAAAACACCACAGAGAAGUAUACUGAAACAUGACAGUAUUGAUUCUGCCUUUAAGAAAAGAAGGGUUGUGUUUGCUUCACCUAAAGAAAACUCUGAUAGUUCAGAUACAGACUCCUCACAACUAAUGGAAAUAGAGAUUGAUGAAUUAGAGAAUCGUUUAAAGGGGAAAAAAGGAAGUACACCUCUGCUUGUGAAGCCAUCUCCAAAGGUACGGAGUAUGGACAUUGAUGAUUUUGAAAGAGAGAGACCUGGCCAUAAUGAAGGAACUAUCCCACUCAACCGAGUGCCCCGAGGCGGGACAGUAAAGACAAACAAAAAAGAGAAUGAGAAGACUAAUUCAAGGUUACAAGAUGCAGAGAUGAAAAAAUUCAAGGAUUUGUUUCCUAAUGAGCAUCCAGCUAGCAAACUUGCAAGGGUUGAUUUAGAGGAGAAAACACAAUCACAAAAAUCAUGCAAUGUGCGUAAAACACCAAACAAGCCACCAGGAAAGUUUUUCAAGAAUUCCCCGAAGGACAGACCAAUUAAAAACAAGAAAACAAAAGGAAAAGAGGAAACUUCAUGGUUUGAUUUAGAUUCUGUAUUUGGUUUCGGUCCAGAGGACUAG